AUGACACAGGCUGAACAACCGCCGGCCCGUCUCGAUUCCGGGUCGCCCGACAAGCCGGCCCCGCCGCCGGCCCACCCGAACCAUGCCACUCCCCCUUCGCCGCGCCUCGGCGCGCCAGCCCGCGGCAAGCACUUUGACCCGGAUCUCCGGCCUCGCGCCGCGAUGCAUGCGCGCAAGGCCACCCUCUUUGCCCGUCAGCGCCCCUGGCCACCUGGUGGCAGCGGUGCCAGCGACAUUUCCGGGCGGCCGGCGCCUCGCGACCAGGCGAUUUUGGCGGCCUUUGCCACUCUCACGGCCGACUCGCCGCCAGGACACGGGUCAGCACACUUGUCUCCGCCGCACACCGGGUCUCUGCUGCCGGUCGCCCCGGAGCCUGGCCCCUCUUCGGGUUUGAGCUUCUGCCCGGCCACGGGCGAGGCCGCCGCCGCCGCCGCCGCCGCCGCCGCCGCCGCCACCGCCAAUGCCUCCUCCUCUUCUCCCCCCCUGUCACCGGCACUCCUGUCGGGCAGUUUGCAAUCUGGCGGGAUGUGUGAUCCCCCCGGGUCUUUGACAUCCCCUCCCCCGCCUGCGGCUUUGCCGGUGCCCGGGCCGCCCACCAUGGAGGAAGACAGCAUGAUUGCGACUGCCGACGUCCCGGCCCUCGUCCAAUCGGCCACCAGUUGCCUGAUCCCGACCCUUCCUGCCAGUCCGGUGUCCACUCGAAGCCCCGGUGCUAGUGCACACUCCUCCCCGGCCGCUGGCAUCACCGGAGCCACCGGGGUCGUCACAGCCGCUGGGUCUGCGGGACUCACCGGAGCCGCUGGAGCCGCUGGAGCCGCUGGAGCCGCUGGAGCCGCUGGAGCCGCUGGAACCAGCAUCUCCCUCACCUUCGAGUCAUCCCCCUCGGCUUCGCCCACCAGCUUCUCUGCUGGCUCUCAGGGUCAGCAUUCCCCAUCACCCUCACCAUCCCCCUCGCCGUCACAGCCGCACCAGCCGCACCAGCCGCACCAGCCCCAGCAGCCACGCGGUCUGCCACGCUUCUGGUCCUUCGAGCGUGGCCCGCCACCUCAAAUCGUGCCGCCACAGCCACCGGCACCGGCCACCUCGACUUCUCUCUUGUCCACAAGGCUUGGCCUCCGCCGGCGCAACUCCCUUCCCACACUCGGCUCCCGUGGGAGUUCGAGUCCCCGGUCGUCGUACGGCCGAUCGGCCGGGCGCUCUUUGGCCCAUGUGGCGGCGGCAGCCGCGCAUCGGCAGCAUUCCACUGCCCCUGGCGCACCCUCCGGGCAACAGUCGGGCACCGCCUCUCCCGGGGCCGACCUCCUUGGGUCGCCAAUUUCCUCCUCUCUGGCGACCCUGCCUGCCGCCAUGGCCUUGGGCUGCCCAUCCUCGCCCGGGUUUUGCCCCAUCACCGGCGCCUCGUCCUCGGACUUUUCCCUCAGCUGUGGGUCUUCGGAUUCCGACGGGGGAACAUCCUGUGACUCGUCCUCGCCAAGCGACACAUCCAACAGUGACGGUGAUUCCGACCUCGAGGGACCACAGGAGGAUGGGGACUUCCCUGCUGCACCGGGCGGAUCCUUCGAUGGGCCCCGCCUUGCGAGCCAUUCGCGCCGGCGACACUCCUCGGCAUCCCCAUCUCCCGGGCCCUGGCCUCGGGGUCAGGCCGCUGCCCAUGCUUAUGGACACUUCCUCGGCCAUGGUCAUGGCCAUCAGCCCCCGUCAUCUUCCCAGGGGCUCUCUUUCUUGCAGAGUGACCUCGACUGGCCGAGCUCGGCAUCCGGAACACGGACCCCCUCCUCUUCAUCCUCCUCCUCCUCGGUGUGCGCGUCCCCGCCUCCACCGGGGCCGGCCCUUGCCCUGGUGCCGGCUCCCCUGUUAUCGACCUCCGGCUCGUCCUCCUUCGGGUCCCUUCCCCCUUCGCCGUCUCCUGGAGGCGGUGGCAUCAGCAGUGGAGGCGAUCAUGCGAGUUCGAUCCCGAUGCUGACCCUCCCCCCGCGGUUGCACCGCUGGCGGGACAUCCUCUGUCAAGCCUGCCGCGAGGAUCCCCCGGCCACCAACCUCGGCGGGAGUCCUGGCGAUUCGGCGUCCGUGCCUGCAUCCGCGUCUGCACCUCUUCCGGAGCCGGCUCCUUCAUCAUGUCUCAGCUCCGGGGGCGGCAGUGGCGUCAGCGCCGGAGCCCCUUCUGGGGGGAUAUGUUGUUCUGCUUGCCGCCAGCCCCUUCCGAUGGGGUACUUGGUGUCAAUGGUCCAAUGGUCAGCCGGCCGCUCGAGCUCCGGCAGCGGGCGCUCCGAACGCCGGCGGCGUCUCCGCCGCUCGCGAUCCCCCUCGGCUUGUUCAACGCGCGGCGACUUGGAUCCCGCGUCCUGGCGUGUUCGUCGGCAAUACCGAUCGGCUGAUCGGCGCAUCGAGCGCGAUCAGCUUCUCGCAUCGACGGGGCCGAUGCCCGGCGCGACGUCAAACACCUCCGGCUCCCGCUCCCGCUCACAGUCACCCUCCCUCCGGGAAAUGACCCCGCACAGCCCGCAGCCACCGCUCCAGGCUGAUUUAGUCACCCCAUUGACCCCCUCACGGACUAUUGGUCCGUUUGUUGGUUCCUCGCCCUCGAUUCCCUCGUCGCCAUUGCUGGCUGGCACUGGUGCCCCUGAUUCCGGAGGGCCCUCCCACCCGUUGGAGAGCUCACUGCGUUCCGUCUUUCAGACAGCGCCAGGAUCUGCACCCUCGCGCGGAGUGAGUCCCCAUGCUGGGGGUCUCUCAGCGGACAUCGUGGGGCCUGCCGCCGGUGCGGGGGCGGUCCUCCCACCGCGACCUCCGCCGCCCCCUCCGCCCCUGCCACCAACACCGGCGCCUCCUCCGGCCCCACUCCACCUGGCGGCCCCUUGGGGAUUCCCCCUGCCGGCGGAUUCCCUGGGUGGGGCUGGUGAUUCGGUGGCCCCGGAGUCCGAGGCCCCCAUGCAGGAUCUUCAAGCAACCAUCAUCGGCGAGAGUGGCAAUGUCGGUGACAGUUCCAUGGAGGAUGAUGCUGGUUGCGCUUCAUCCUCAAGCAGCUCCUGUGUGGAGAUGGCCGAUGAGGGGACUGCCAUUACCAUGGAUGGCGAUCGGCCCCCGGUCCCUGCAGGGGCUUCAGCUCCCAGUCUCAGCCGGACACUCUUCGAAUCGACCCGUUCGGCCCCUGCUGCCAGCGGUCUCCCUGCUUCACAACCGGGGUCCUUCAUGGCAUCGGACAUGGUUGACUCCAGCGGCCCCAGCCUCCGGUCCCAUGGCGGCCCUUCUCUCCUGGCCCGCGCUGGCAAGGCCAAGGCCGCUGUUUCCGCCGCCGCCGCCGCCGCCGCCGCCGCCGCCAGCACGGCCGGCCCCCGGUGGCCGCACCAUCAGCCAAUCCCAGUGACACCGGUUCCGGCCACACCUUCUGCCUCCUCUUCCAUGUCUUCUUCUUCCUCCUCCUCUUCCCUGUCCUUGUCCCUGUCCUUGUCCUCGCCCGCCUCCAAGUCCGGGGGGCUGCCCUUCGGCCGGAGUCUCUCUGCCCCUGGUCCCUCUCCCGGUCGGCGAACAUCACAUCGUGCUCUGGACGCAGUCAUUUCCAGCGCCGCUCUCAUGGCUGCCAUCGCCAAUGGCGACAAUGAUGAGAUUGCCUCGGCUCUGGGUGGCCGCCUGGUUCGGCGCAUGAGUCUGAAUGAGACGAACGCCCCCUCAGUCAACCGUAUUGCCCAGUUGCAAAAGGAAGCCGAGUUCGAGUUCCCACUGGCGGCUGGCAGUUCUAGCAGCGGCCCUGGUGGUGGCUCGAAUGGGGACCGUCCCCCUGCUCGCAAGUCGCCAGACUACACUUCCCCCCUGUUCGAGCGUUUCAACCACUCGCCCUAUCUCCGGUCUUCGUCGAUAUGCGAGCGUUUAUCCCCAGCCAACGAGGAAUCCUGGAAUCCAUCAUCUUCUGGCGCGGCAUCGAUCAGCAAUAUGCCACCUUCGACACUGGCCUUCGCCCCCCUCCAGCGUAGUGGAUCCUGCUCGACGCCUUCCUCGGCUGCCGGGUCGCGGCUUUCAUCUCCUGGCCCCGGUGGCCUGACAGUCGGGCUUUCCGGGCCGCCAUUGCCCGCCAUCUCCGAGGAUGCCGCAAUUGCACCGGACUCCCCGUCAAUUGAGCGCCUUUACCGGGAGCCCUCGAAGCCCCUGGAGGCCUUCGAUAGCGAUGAUGAUGAUGAUGAGGAUGAAAAUGAUGCUGGGGAUAAGUCCAGCCACAUGGGGGAUGUAGGCCAUGUGCAUGCGCAUGCGCCACCCACUCCUCCGCGCCAUCUGGUCUUCGGCGCAGGGGCCAGCAUGCCUGCGGCGGCGUCCAUCCUCCGGGCACCCCUGCUUGCCUCCCUCGUGCCGCCAAGUGCCCCAGCCUUGAGCGACUCGGACAUGUGUGGCGACGGGCUAGGCGAAGACGUCGCCAGCAGUGGCGCCACAGUGGCCACUGUCUCCUCGGGUGGGGGCAGCCUCGCGGAGCCCUCGGCCAGUGGUCUUGUGGCCCCUCGCGCCGAACAUCUCUCCUAG